CGCGGAACCCAGUGCCGUGCCGAGUGCCGUGCCGAGUGCCGUGCCGAGUGCCGUGCCGCCAUGCCGCCCAGUCCCAUGCGCCCGGGAGACUGGAUCUGUGCAGAGUGCAACAAUCACAACUAUGCGGACAAGAUCAAUUGCAACAGGUGCGGGGCUCCACGUCCCCCUGACGUGUCGCAUCCCCCCAGCUUUGCCGGGAAAGGCGCCGGUGUCAAGGGUAUGAGGCCUGGAGACUGGAUGUGUCCCAGCUGUGGCAACCACAAUUAUGCAGACAAGAAAAACUGCAAUCGCUGUGGCCUGGCCAAGCCCUUGGACGUUGAAGCCGGCGCACCCGGCUAUGGGGGCUAUGGUGCGGCGGUGGCUCCGGUGCAGAGAGCGUCUCCAUAUGGAUUCAAUGGUAAAAUUCCGAAGGGGCAGUGGAAUGCAAUGGUGCAAAAUGCCUAUGCUCCCGUUGCAGCUGCAGCUAUGUCACCGGUGGCGGCCGGGAAAGGUGCGGGUGGGUGGGUGUGUCCAGCCUGCACCAACUACAAUUAUCCGCACAGAACCAACUGCAACAAAUGUGGCAUCCCCAAGGAGACACGCAUUUCCAAAGCUGGUCUACGAGAAGGCGAUUGGAUCUGCCUGAAUUGCGCGAAUCAUAACUAUGCGGACAAGAUGCAGUGCAACAAAUGUGGCAUGCCGAAGGAGCAGGCCACUCAGGCGCCAACGAAAAGCUUUGGAAAACAGGAAUUUCGAGAAGGAGACUGGCAAUGCCCCGCAUGCGCCAAUCACAACUAUGCAAGCCGGACUGCUUGCAACAAAUGCACCAUGGCGCUGGCGGAGGUGGGCUGGCAAAGCCUGAAGCGGCUUGAACCUAUGAAGUUGAGAUGCAGAAGUUAGGAAGCUAAAA